CCGGCCCAGGGACACCGAAGGGGAAAUCCGGGCGGGAGGAUUGGACCAGGAGGCGCUGUGACACCUGGUGGGACGCGGGGUCCGUCGGAGUGGCCGUGGGUAGCCUUUGGGCAUGGAACGCCCCACCACCAUCAACUUGGGGACCUUCAGGGUAACUUCUCCGAGCCAGCCUUUUCCUCGGCUCCCCGCCUCCAGGGUGGCAGCGCAGUCCUUGGCGGCUGGCAGCGGGCAGGCAUGGCUACUUUGUAGGUCCCAGGCCCCCAUGCCAAGCGCAAACUGAGGUGCGGGUUGAGGCACAGUCCCACCCCUAAUCUGUCUCCCCAGGCCGUCGCUUGGACGCGCCCUCGGGAUUGGAAAGUGGAAGACCUACAAGGGCCAGACCGGCAGGGCUGCGCCUUUUAGGGGCGGGCAGAGAAACCAACUGAGCCCCGGGAGACCGAGACCUAUAAGUGGGGUGUCAAGGGGCGUGCACUGCGCUCUGUGCUCUGGGCCGCCGUCCAGCUGGGCCUUUGGAGACCUUUUGGCAGACCAGAGGCCAGCUAGGAGGCGAAAUCACGAAGCGUAGGCUUCUUAGAGACGGGUGGGCGCAGCCCGAACCCGGGGAAUCCUUUCAAGUUCUGGGUUCUCUUUGUUGCGCAAUACAGCCCUGGGGCUGCGCGGCCUCAUUGGCUCUGGGUCGUGACGUCAAGAGCUGGCCCUGCCCGCAGACCCUGCAGAGGGAGGAGGCUUCAAGGCCUGGGAGGGUCUCUAGAUUGUCUCACCUACUUUGUGCCCUGCCUUGGGGAGGGCGAGUUGUGAGGUUCCUGAUAGGGAGGUGGGAAGCAUCUUGGAAAUGUUGGAGAUGCUUGGAAUCCGUUGCAGAAGGGAUAGAUUCUUGCUGGCUAGAAUAGCCAAAUCCCGAUGGGGCCCAGUGGGGUCUGGCCUCCAGUGGCUGCUUCUCUAAGAUCUGUGGGCAUCAACAGCGUGUCCCCACCGCCUCCCAACACUCCAGAACAGUCCUCCCCUCCCAGAAUACAGCCUUCAGGACUCCUGGGGUCAAGUAUAGCCUGCCCUGGCCCUUUAUUCUCAGCUGUCCUCAGCUUGAAGGCGGCCUUGUUGCCAAAGUUAGGAUCUCUCCUGCAGGGAUGAGCAGCUCAGACAGACCUUGCUUCUAGGAGCUGUAAAAUACUUGUUGGGGACUUUUUAGAAGGGCUUGGGACCACGACUCUGGUGUUUGAUGCCUGCAGUUUGAAUCCUGGCUCGGGCACAUAAAGAUGUUGGCAGCUGCUUGUCGACCCUGGCCUCCCUCGCCAAGCCCCCCCACGUGAGAGCUGCUGCACGGUGAGGAGGAGGAGGAGGAUGCCACAGCCACUCGCCAGCUCCGGUCUGCACCAUGAGUGAUGAGCGGCGGCUGCCUGGCAGUGCGGUAGGCUGGCUGGCGUGUGGAGGCCUGUCGUUGCUAGCCAAUGCCUGGGGCAUCCUCAGUGUGGGUGCCAAGCAGAGGAAGUGGAAGCCACUGGAGUUCCUGCUUUGCACCCUGGCAGCCACCCACAUGCUCAACGUGGCCGUCCCCAUUGCCACGUACGCUGUGGUGCAGCUCCGGAGGCAGCGGCCUGACUACGAGUGGAACGAAGGCCUCUGUAAGGUCUUUGUGUCCACCUUCUACACCCUCACUCUGGCCACCUGUUUCUCUGUCACCUCCAUCUCCUACCACCGCAUGUGGAUGGUCCGCUGGCCCGUCAACUACCGGCUGAGCAAUGCCAAGAAGCAGGCGGUGCACACAGUGAUGGGCAUCUGGAUGGUGUCCUUCAUCCUGUCGGCCCUUCCUGCCGUUGGCUGGCACGACACCAGUGAGCGUUUCUACACCCACGGCUGCCGCUUCAUCGUGGCUGAGAUCGGCCUUGGCUUCGGAGUCUGCUUCUUGCUACUGGUGGGUGGCAGCGUGGCCAUGGGCGUGGUCUGCACAGCCAUUGCCCUCUUCCAGACACUGGCCACGCAGGCGGGGCACCGGGCUGACCGCCGUGCCUUCACUGUGCCCACCAUCGUGGUGGAGGAUACACAGGGCAAGCGUCGCUCCUCCAUUGACGGCUCGGAGCCUGCCAAAACCUCGCUGCAGAUUACGGGCCUGGUGGCCACCAUCGUGGUCAUCUAUGACUGCCUCAUGGGCUUCCCUGUGCUGGUGGUGAGCUUCAGUAGCCUGCGGGCUGAUGCUUCGGCGCCCUGGAUGGUGCUCUGUGUCCUGUGGUGCUCCGUGGUCCAGGCUUUGCUGCUGCCUGCCUUCCUCUGGACCUGUGACCGCUACCGGGCAGACCUCAAGGCAGUCUGGGAGAAGUGCGUGGCCCUUAUGGCCAAUGAUGAGGACUCUGACAAUGAGACCAGCCUAGAUGGUAGCAUCUCCCCCGACCUGGUACUGGAGCGCUCCCUUGACUACAGCUAUGGAGGUGACUUCGUGGCCCUGGACAGGAUGGCCAAGUAUGAGCUCUCUGCCCUGGAGGGAGGCUUGCCCCAGCUCUACCCUCUGCGGCCACUGCAGGAGGAUAGGAUGCAGUAUCUGCAGGGCGCGGGGAGGCAUCAGUGCGGGUUUCCAGGAGGGCAGCCCCGUUUCAGCCCGGCCGGGUGCUCGCAGGUCCCGCCCACACGGCGGUUCUCCCACGAUGACGCUGACGUUUGGGCGGCCGUCCCGCUGCCCACCUUCCUACCGCGCUGGAGCUCCGGCGAGGAUCUGGCAGCCCUGGCGGCGCACCUAAUGCUGCCCGCGGGGUCCGACCGGCGGCGCGGGAGCCUUCUGGCUUUCGCCGAGGACGCGCCCCCAUUUCGCCCGCGCCGUCGCUCGGCCGAGAGCCUGCUGUCUCUGCAGCCCUCGUCCCUGGACGGCGGCCCGCGUCGCACCCACGACUCGCCUCCCGGCAGCCCGCGUCGCCGCCCGGGGCCUGGCGCCCGCUCCGCCUCGGUCUCGCUGCUGCCGGACGCCUUCGCGCUGACCGCCUUUGAGCGCGAGCCGCAGGCCCUGCGUCGUCUGCCGGCCCCAGCGCGGCCUUUCCCCGCCGCCUCCGACGGGACGGAGCCUGGUGAGGUCCCGACCCCUCCUGGCGGCCGUACGCAACGCAGCCACGGACGCCGGGCCACGCGCGCACACGCGGGGCCCCUGCAGACUGGCCUGAGCGCAUCGUGGGGCGAGCCCGGAGGCUUGCACGCGGCGGGCGGCGGCAGCACCAGCAGCUUUCUGAGCUCGCCUUCCGAGUCCUCGGGUUACGUCACGCUGAACUCGGACUCGCUGGGCUCUGCGUCCUAGGGCCCUCUCGGUCCGCCCUAGGGCCGCCAUGCAGAUGAGAGAGGCACAGCACCAAAGAUGCCAUCGCAUGUGUUAGGCGCGCGGACAAGUACCACCCACCCGAGGGGUGAAUGGAUGGUGGGCUCUGCGCCUCUCUAUGGUUCCUUCCUUCUGAUAUCUCCUGGAGGGACGAUGGCCGCCUUUGAUGGCUGCACAGGACACAGACCUGCUGCUGGGCACCGCAUCUCCCAGGAAGGGACAGACUGUGCCUUUGUAGUGAGUGGCAUCUGCACAUUUAGUACACCUUCCCCAGCCCUCUGAGGCUAGGCUGGGGUUUAUAGGAGACCCUGAGACCUGACCACCAUGAGAAAAGACCAAAUCCCUUCCCAGAGAAGCUUAAGCCAGAAGCUGCUGGACCGCGUUCAACUUCACUCGUACUGCCUCUGCCUCACCUCAAGGGUGUGGCAUGUAGAGCGUCUGUAAGCACAGGGGUCUUCAAAACCCAAACAAGUUCUACUGAGCAGGCUUCCCUGUGACUUGCCUCAGUUUCCCUGUCUCUGAUGAGUGAAUGACGGACCAUGAUACAUCUCUCAGGGCUGUUUGAAGAACCCUCCUGGUCUUAGGGCCCUUUGUGAGGGUCAGCCCUCAGCAGUUGACCCCCAGAUCUGAGGCCUCCCCAUCUCGAUGACCUUUGCUGUCUUGGAGACUCACUUUAGCUAAAGCACAAAUACUCCGUGGGUAUAACAGCCACCUUGACCCCAUUAGUGUCCCCAUGCUCGAGACUACACCAUAUUGCCUGUCUCCCACUAAGUCGGCCAUUCUGUGAUCCUGCUGUGAAGGCUGCGGGUACCUGGUGCACAGAGCUAAAGCAAAUGGAAGUGGGCUUCCCUGUCCUGGUGCCCAUCUCCAGCUCCGCCUCGCACCCACACAGGCAAGGGUCCCGCAAAGGGUGUCCUGUACCCCUCCUCCUCUGCAGAGAAGGGCUUUGCUCUCCUGGGUAGACCUCUCUCUGGACUGUGGCAGGGACAUCGGUCUUCCCAGGAAACACCCAGGCUGUGAGCUGGGGUGGGGUAGCACCACCACCGUACAGCAGAGCCCCUGUGUUGGGACCCGGAGAUAGUCUCAAAGGCCAGCACAGAGCAGCCUGUGCCCCGUUCUCACUGCCCAAUGGCCAGGCCCAUCUCCUCUCCCUCUCCAGACAGAGUUCCAACUCCGGAUGGGGAUGGGCGACUGCCCUGUCCUAGGCCUCAGAGGACCCUGUAGUCCCUGGCUGUGGGGUAAGUGAAAGAUUAGACACCCCAGAUGAGCAGGGGCUGCAGUCAGUCCAUCUUUGGACAUGGGAGAAACUUCCUCUGGUUAUUUGCUGCUGUGCCUUCAGGGACUGACGUCAUGUGGGGGCAGAGGCCACCAGCUAGCCACUGUCUCCCUCCCCGGCCUCCAGUCAUCAAUUUAUCACCUUGGGUUUUCACUCUGUUUUGUAUUCAACGGCAAUACUUGUAGUGGGGACCUUGUGCCCUAAGUCACUCCUACUUUAUACAAAACUUUAAGGGCAAGCCCCAAGCAGCGGACCCUGGGUACCAGGGCUCUUCCCCGCCCUUCUUCAGCCUCCUUGUUUGCUGAUGCCUGUAAGGACCUUGGCCGUGAGUUACUGAUAAGAGCACUAUCUGUAUACCACCGCCUAGCCCAGAGUCAGGGAUGCGUUUGUAGAUUUUUGAAAAACAUUUCUGUACAGGACCCAAUAAAAGUUUCCUCUUGGUUUGCACACA